UGAUGCUACCUUACGGGAGAGAAAAUUCAGUGCAGUGCUGUCAAUCCUCAGGAAAAGUCUUGCAGGCACUAUCCUUUCCUGUCGUCCAUAGCCUCCAAGUUUUACAGAUGAACCCAAAUCCUAGAGAGUAUUUGCUCUAACCUGGAGCACUUCCCCUCUGGCUCCUCAGAAAGCAUGGAGACCCAUGAAGUCAACGUUCAUUUUUCCAAGAUGUGGAAUCCAUACUCAGGUUGGGAUGAAGCAGAGAAACCAGCCCUUGGCAAAUGUGCAAGAACCAGAUCCAUCCUUAUUUCCUUUCUCAAGGUCCCUUUGAUGUUUGCCUUUCUAUACCUGUUUGUGUGCUCCCUUGAUGUGCUGAGCUCCGCUUUCCAGCUGGCAGGAGGGAAAGUAGCUGGAGACAUUUUCAAGGACAAUGCUAUCCUCUCCAACCCAGUGGCAGGGCUUGUGGUAGGAGUCCUUGUUACUGUCCUUGUGCAGAGUUCCAGCACCUCCACAUCCAUCAUCGUGAGCAUGGUUUCCUCAGGGUUGCUGGAGGUAGGCUCAGCCAUCCCCAUCAUCAUGGGCUCCAAUAUAGGGACCUCAGUCACCAACACCAUUGUGGCACUUAUGCAAGCUGGCGACAGAAGCGAAUUUAAGAGGGCCUUUGCGGGGGCCACGGUGCAUGACUGCUUCAACUGGUUGUCAGUGCUGAUUCUGCUGCCUCUGGAAGUGGCCACUGGCUAUCUGCACCUCAUCACCAAAGUUGCCGUGGCAGCUUUCAACCUGCGCAGUGGACGGGAUGCACCAGAGCUCCUGAAAGUAAUCACGGAGCCCUUCACUGGCCUUAUUGUCCAGCUGGAUAAGUCAGUGAUCCCAGGGAUUGCCACAGGCAAUGAAAGCUUGCAUAACAAAAGUCUGAUUCGGGUGUGGUGUGAAGUGCCAGCUCCGCAGAUUUCUUCAGCAGGCGCAAGAGGAAGAUCCCCAAACUGCAGCUCCCUUAUGCCAAACUGUCUGGAAAGUGCUGGGAACUUCAGCAGUGCCACGCCACAGAAAUGCAGCCACCUGUUUGUGGACUCCUCUUUGCCAGACUUGGCUGUAGGACUCAUGUUGCUGGCUGGAUCCCUGACUGUACUGUGCACCUGUCUUAUGAUGUUGGUCAAACUGUUGAACUCUGUGCUCAAAGGCCAGGUGGCCAGAGCUAUCCAGAAGGUCAUUAACACAGAUCUUCCAUCACCUUUUGGAUGGGCCACCGGUUACUUUGCCAUGCUUGUUGGUGCCGGGAUGACGUUUGUUAUGCAAAGUAGCUCUGUCUUUACGUCAGCAAUCACCCCUCUCGUAGGUCUUGGGAUGAUCAGCUUAGAACGUGCGUAUCCCCUCACUCUCGGUUCUAACAUUGGAACGACAACCACUGCUAUCCUAGCAGCCCUGGCCAGUCCAGGGGAUAAAUUGGCCAGUGCCUUGCAGAUUGCUCUCUGCCACUUCUUCUUCAACAUCUCUGGGAUUUUGCUGUGGUAUCCCCUGCCUUGUACUCGCCUCCCAAUCCGCAUGGCCAAAGCGUUAGGUGAACAGACAGCCAAGUAUCGCUGGUUUGCUGUCUUCUACCUGAUUAUCUGCUUCCUCUUGUUGCCGUCGUUGGUUUUCGGACUCUCCGUGGCAGGAUGGCAGGUGCUGUUGGGAGUGGGAGCUCCGUUCCUGAUUCUUCUAGCUUGUGUGGCUGUUAUCAACAUCAUGCAGUCACGAAGUCCAGACCGACUGCCCAGGUGGCUUCAGAGUUGGGACUUCUUGCCAUACUGGCUUCAUUCUUUGCAACCCUUGGAUGGGCUGAUGACCAGAGCCAUGGUGUGUUGUGCUGCUUAUUGUUCAGGUAGCCAGAGGGAAUGUAAAAAGGAGUCACCAGAGGUCAGAAGAGGCUUGCCGAAGCCUUCUGUUUUCUUCUUAGAGGAAUGGUCUCCACCACCAAGACUCUCAUCCCAGAUGAAUAUUCUGCCAACGCAGCCUGCCAGCCGCCUGUGAUUUGUGCCAGAGCACAGCUCUGUUGUGGCUUGCAGACAGUGAUGCUGAGCAGACAAGGAAUGAUAAAAGAAAAAGCAUGACAAGAAACUGCAUCAAAUAUUGGAGUUUGUGUUGAUAGCUGCCCUCCUCACCGGAACUCUGUCAGUGCCACAUGUGUAUUCCAGCCAAUAUAGAUUCAUGUUUCACUGGGUGCAGCUUUUCAUGGGAAAUAUGGCUAUAACUGGCAUUUGGUGUUCACUGUGCCUAUCAUUUUGUUAUGAGCAUCAAUGAAGGAGUGCAUGUGGACUUACGUAUAGUGCAGGAGAGUUUAUAGUACUUAUAAUGCAGCACUCUCGAUUGCCCUUAGCAUCUGUGUAACAGGAGCACCAUAUAUUCGGAAGUUAUUUUGUAGCAGAACUGUAGGUCUCCCCAUGUGCAACUCAUUUGCAGAAUUACUUAUAAUGGUGAUUGAAAGAUAUUUUCCUUUUAACUUGACAACGAGGCUCUUCAAAUGUCUGAUGACAACUCACAUCAUCUCAAAUUCAUUAUAUGUGCUAAUUGAAACCAGUGGGAAUUGGAAGCAAAAACCAUCUAGUGGUUGUUUGAACCUGUGGAACAUCUACUCCGUUUUAUAGUAUUGUCUUAAUAGAUUCUGGCUGUCAAAUUCUUUAUGAGCAAGUAAGUAAUAGAAAUUGGUACAAUGGUGCUUUCUUAAAUAAUUCUAAUAAUAAUAAUAAUAAUAAUAAUUUUGGAAUCCCAGAGCAAUCAGUUGCUACAUUUACUCUGCUUAUAUUUCUGCUUGGUAGUUAUAGAUCACUUCAGUUUGGGUUCCAGAAAAAUUCUAGAAAUAGAACUGGGGAGACAUUUGUUUCUGUAGCUUUUACUAUAUAUUGUAUUUUUCCGACUAUAAGAUGCACACACACCCCAAAAGUGGGGU